AUGCCAACCAAACCCCAGACUCCCUCCAAGGAACCCGAGCCCAUCCCCGAAGGAUGGACAGAUAACCCCUUUUACGUGCAAGCCGAACAGGAAAAUGGAUUCGCAUACGCCUACGGACUCACCAACGUCUCGGUGCUAUUACCGCAAGGCCCUGACAGCAGAGAGCACGGAUUCAUAUGCUCUUCUAACGGUCGCUAUUAUCUGGGGGAUGAAAUGGCCUAUUGCAUGCUUGAGAUUACAAAGCCUACAACGUAUUCAGGAAUAUUGCAUGUUGUAAAUACCAAGGGGGAGAACGGGUUAAAGAUGAAAUCGCUUAAGAUGGUCCCCUAUGCGGAGCAGCCGGAAUCUGGGCCUGGUGAUCUUUGGCCAGGAACGGGUGCUAUCACCGAAAGUAGACUAGUGGAUGUGGUGCUUGGCUAUAAAGUAACUCAUGUUAACUAUCCUCCAUCAUGUUCUCCCAAUCUACCAAUCAAUUACACCUCUUCUUUGCCAUUGAACUCUUCACUCCUCUCUAACACAACCCAAACCACCGCAAUCAUGAUGAACAGAUCCCCCAGAGUCGCUACCCGCUGUCUGCGACAGCAGCGCCUCCGCCAAUCGGCCGGUCGCUACCGUAACGCUCGAUUCCAAUCCUCCUCCUCCUCUUCCUCUUCCUCCGGCUCCACGGGCACCGGCAGCAGCAAUCCCGCCCUGAUCGGAGGUCUCAGCGGCGGUCUCGUCGCCAUCGUCACCGGCUACACAUGGUACCAUCUUUCCGGGGCUCGCAAAGCCGUCAAAACUAUGAAACAGACCCAGGUCUACGCCGACCAAGUGAAGCAAGGCAUUAUCCAGAACGCCCCGGAGCCCGACAAGGCGCUGAACUGGCUGCGGGAUACCCUUAAGAGCUAUGCGGUGUUGCUCCCGGGAGCAGGCAAACACAUUGAUGCUGCGUUCGACGAUCUGGAGAAAGUGAAGCAACGGCAUGGGCCUGAGGUGGAUAGCAUCGUGCGGGAUGCGUAUAAAGAGCUGAAGGCGCUGGGAAGUAAAGGUGGUGCCAAUGCGGAUACCGCCAUUCAGGCAUUGCAGGUGCUGCAGAAGAGUUUGACGCGGUUGAUGGAGCUGUCUGGUGAUGCUGCCGGGGAUAUUUUGGAUAACCACCCGUGGUUGCAGGAGAAGGUUGGUGGCGGGUGGAAGCAGUUGAAGGAGAUGGGGGAUGCGUAUGGGCCGCAGGCGAAGGAGGAGGUGGAUAAGACGAGGGAGCAGCUUGCUGGGGUGGCGAAGAAAGGAUUCAGUCUUGCGUCGGUGGAGGAGGUGCGCAAGUUGAUUCAGGAGAAGUCCGAGAAGUUGCAGAAGCUUGGGGAUGAGAUGUGGCAGAAGGGGCUGGAGGAGAGUAAGCAGUAUUUGGAUAAGAAUCCGAAGGUGAAGGAGCUCGUGGAGAAUAACGCGGAGGCGCUGAAGAAGGGAAAUGUGAGUGAGUUGUGGGGUAUGGUGAAGGAGGCUGCGUCGUCGGGGAAGACGGAGCAGGUGGAGAAAUAUGUCAAGGAGAAGGUCGACCAGGCGCAGCAGAGCGGGUCUUUUGAUCUGAGCAAGUGGGCGGAUAUGGUGCCGGGAGGAUCUAAUGUCCUGGGCCAAUUGCAGUCUCUUCGGACGCUGCAGGAGAAGAAGGGCAAGGAGGCAGAGAAUGUCCUCAAGGAGACCAUGGAUGAGAUCCAAGAGGUCUUGAAGAAGAGAAAGGAGCAGAUGGAGAAGCUUGCCAGUGAGGCGAAGAAGGAUAACUAG